AUGAGCGGAAGCACCACCGGCGGUGGAAGUCCCUGCGGCGCAUGCAAGUUUCUCCGGCGUAAGUGCUUGGCCGAAUGCGUCUUCGCUCCCUACUUUGACUCCGAGGAAGGGACGGCUCAUUUCGCGGCGGUGCACAAGGUUUUCGGGGCCAGCAACACCUCCAAGCUCCUCUUGAUGAUUCCGGCCAGCCGGAGGCCUGACGCCGUCGUCACGCUUUCUUACGAGGCUUUGGCUAGGCUUGGCGAUCCUGUCUACGGGUGCGUUGGUCAAAUCUUCGCCCUUCAACACCAGGUGAUGAAUCUAAAGGCGGAGCUAGAUAUAGUCCAAACUCAUCUCUCAACACUUCAACACCUUCCUCCACCGAACCCUCAAAACAAUCCACCGAGAGAAGCAGCUUCUUCAUCUAAUGCACCACCCAUUGCUUCUGUCCAUAUUAGCAACAACAAGGUGUUUUCCUCGUUAUUGGACAUUGACUGUAUGUCACAACAACAACAAGAGCCACAGAAAGAUAUUGAGGAUUCAACAGAUUAUAGCACAUUGUUGGGCCUGGAAGAUCCAUUGGACGCGAAUGGUGAUCUCAACGCUCUCACCCGUGAGUUCGUCUCUAAGUAUAUGACUGGAGGCAAAUUCAGGCCAUCUUCUUUAAUCUAA